UGUAAGUAGAAAUAUUAUGGCUGUCGUGAUGCAGACGGAAGACUUUCCUUACUUACCUUCGGGGCCGGCGGAGGUAAAUAAGAUGAUAAAGGAGCACAGUGACCUGUUUUCUGACUCCCAGUGUAAAGUCUGCAGUGCUGUCCUAAUUUCUGAGUCUCAGAAGUUGACUCAUUAUCAGAGCAAGAAACAUGCCAACAAAGUGCGGCGAUAUAUUUCCAUCCAAAAUGAGAAGGAGCCAGCGUUCAAAAAGUUAAAGACAUCAUCAUCAUCAUCUGACAGUCAGGACUGUAACAAUGGAGACACUGACCGGUCUAAGGUGUGUCAUGUAUGUAACAUGACCUUCUCCUCUCCUGUGGUGGCCGAGUCUCACUACCAGGGGAAAGUUCAUGCCAAGAACCUGAGACUGAAGACGGUCGGUCCCCAGACCCCAGCGGUAGCCUGCCAAACGGCACCAACAGUUCAGCCGAAGAAGAAACCUGCAGAUGAUUUGAGCAGUGUGCCAGUAAUGGGCAACAACAACAACAACAACAACAACCCAGACCGUUUCUGCUCCAUCUGCCAGGCCUCCUUCAACAACCCGCUCAUGGCCCAGCAGCACUACGUUGGCAAGAAGCAUAGAAAACAGAUGACCAAGCUCAAACUGAUGGAGACGUACGGUCCCUCCACAGCACCAGCAUCUACACUUAAGGGCUACCCAUGUACUGUCUGCAACAUUGAACUAAACUCUGUGGAGCAGUACCAGUCUCAUAUCAGUGGUGCCAAACAUAAGAACCAAAUGAAGAAAUCAGGCAUGAACACUACAGAGAACCAACAAGCAGCAGAACAAUCAUAUGGGAGUGACAACCAGUGCACCAGCGAAGACAACCAGUACACAGCUGCAGAUGACCAGUACGCCCCUGGGGAUGACCAGUACACAGCCGGAGAAAACCAGUACACUCCCGAGGACACAGAGUACUCAGAGGAGUACCAGUAUACUUGAGGCUGGACAGGGAGGGACUGCAGAGGUUUCAGUCAGGACUUGGAAUGACACACAACAACCAGCCCCUUUAACACAUUAACAAACCAUCAACCUCCAUGGACCUUCAGCUCCUGUCAGAGUCUCUCGUCAGUAGGUGUUCCCCUGGAACAGAAUCAUCUAAACCACAGGUUUGAACCCCAACGCGUUAGUUUGUCAUUUUGGGUUCCCAGCUGAAACGGCUAAAGAAUGUUUUUUCUCCUCUAAUGGAAAAAAAGUUUUGUUUUUUUCCGUGUGUGUGUGUGUGUGCGUGUGCGUGCG